AUGCGCUUCAAAGCAGUACCGUUCCUCAAUUUUUUCUUUGCACGCAUAGAGCCGCUACCUACGAUAGACCGCGACCAAGUGGCCGAGCCUGUGUCCGCGCCUGCGCAGGGCACGCAUUGGGCCGAAGAGCCCGAGGCACUUGCGCGCGUCACGCAUGGAGCGACGCGUGACGAUCCGUACGGCGCCAACUGGCAGCCACUUUGGACUGCGCUCGCCUCGGAGGGCUUUGCGUGGCUGAGCAAGUGCCAGGGGGAGUGGAACGUCAUUCACGCGGUCGAUACUCCCAUCGUGUUUCGCUCUUUGCGUGCAGACGGUACGUUGUAUUACUGCUUACAGUAG